AUGUUAUGCUCAGUCACGCGGCUGAUCAUUCCUUCUUUCUUUCAGACCUGUGUGAUAAACUGUAACAACGCCUCGUGCUUGCAGUCCGAGUACUUUCCUAACCCUCACGCCUACUCUCCUGAACGCUGGAUGAAGGAGGACAACGUGCAGCCACACCCUUACCUCCUGCUGCCCUUCGGCCACGGCCCCAGAAUGUGUAUAGGAAAACGGUUCGCAGAACAGCAGAUGUACAUUGCUAUCAGCAAGCUUGUCCAAAAUUUCACGAUACAACACUCGGGCUCGGAGGACAUUGGGAUCACGUAUACUAUAUUCGGGAAACCAGACGAACCUCUUGGUCUAACAGUCACACCAAGAGGUGACUAGACAGCGUUCUGCAGGAAAAGCGCUGACGAACUGUACGUUUCACUUUGGUAUUCAAAGGUACUGGCUUACCAUGGCUGUGGCAAAUGGGAGAAGUGGAAAGUUUUAAAAAAUCACACAAGGAAGCAAGAGAAAUACUAAAAAGUGGACGCUUUUUCCAUAAUAUGUAGGGUACAGGGUUGUAGCAAUGGCUAGUUUUCCUCGUCUCAUUAUUUUUCUUUUGUUUUAAUAUUAAUUGUGUUCCAGACAUUUGAAUUAAAUAAUUAUGCCCUAUGACUCAAAUAUGUAUAUAGUUUAUUUUCUUAAAUCUCGUUUGUAAAAUAAUUUUACUAUGUGUAAUUAGGUGUUUGAAAUAUUAUUAUUAUUAUUGUAAUACAUGGAUAUCUUAGUCUAUUAUCUUAGAGGUCUGUGUACAUUUUGAAAUAUAAUAUAAAACUCGUUAUUUUCAAGCCUGUGGAGUUUUUUUAAGAAAUCUGUAAAAAUCGUUUCAGUCACUUUAAUUGAAAUAUAUUAGUCACAGGUAUCUUCAGUCGU